CCAUUUCGAGCUUCUCACACCCACUUCAAUGGCCAGCUCCUCAUUCCAAACUCCAUGGCCCGCUCUUCUCGCUCUCGCUAUUGUCAUGUCAUUGGGGAUAACCCUCGCGCCGCGAGCGGAGGCGGCGCGGGCCUUCUUCGUGUUCGGGGAUUCGCUCGUCGACAACGGCAACAACAACUACCUCGCGACGACCGCCCGGGCCGACUCCCCGCCCUACGGGAUUGACUACCCCCCAACCCACCGGCCCACGGGCCGGUUCUCCAACGGGUUCAACAUCCCCGAUUUCAUCAGCCAGGAGAUUGGGUCAGAGUCCACGUUGCCAUACCUGAGCCCCGAGCUCGGAGGGCAAAGGCUGCUUGUGGGUGCAAACUUCGCUUCAGCAGGAAUUGGAGUUCUCAACGACACUGGAGUUCAAUUUAUCAAUGUAAUAAGGAUGUAUCAGCAAUUUGAGUACUUUCGGCAGUACCAGCAAAGGGUGGCUGCAUUGAUCGGGCCCGAACGCACCAAAAAGCUCGUGAACCAGGCCCUCGUGCUCAUCACCGUCGGAGGCAAUGAUUUCGUGAAUAACUACUUCUUGGUGCCAUACUCCGCAAGAUCUCGCCAGUACUCUCUCCCUAAUUACGUCCGCUAUGUCAUUUCCGAGUUCAAAAAACUCCUCAUGAGGUUGUACGAUCUCGGGGCGCGGAGGGUCUUGGUGACGGGCACCGGACCACUGGGGUGCGUACCGGCGGAGUUGGCAAUGCGGAGCCGGAACGGGCAGUGCGCUGCUGAUCUGCAGCAGGCGGCAUCACUGUACAACCCUCAGCUCGUCCAGAUGCUCAAGGAUCUCAACAAGAAGUACAAAUCGCAGGUGUUCAUCAGCGCCAACACCCAGCAGAUGCACAAUGACUUCAUCUCCAACCCUCAAGCAUACGGAUUCAUCACAUCGAAGGUGGCAUGCUGCGGGCAGGGGCCGUACAACGGGAUCGGGCUUUGCACGGUGGCGUCGACCCUGUGCACCAACAGGGACCAAUACGCGUUUUGGGACCCGUUCCACCCGUCGCAGAAGGCCAACCGUCUGAUCGUCCAGCAGAUCAUGACCGGUUCCACCAAGUACAUGGACCCCAUGAACCUCUCCACCAUCAUGGCCAUGGACUCUAGGCUCUAAAUCAUGAUAAUGUCUUUCGUUUUCUCUCUAAUGGCUAUGUACCAUCUACUUAAAUCUUUGUGAAGGACUUAGUUAAUAAUGGUAAUUAAUGCAUUUUAUGAGACA